UAGGCAUGGCCCAUUAAUUUUUUUGCAAAGUUAACACAAGAGGGAUGGCAGGCUUAGCAAAGGUUCUCAGCGGGCCGGGAUAUUUCGAUCUUCGCCCCUUGUGCGUUAAAGGAGACCUGAAGAAUAUCAAGGAAUACUGGAACCGCUUCAAUGACCAGUUGGAACAGAAAGGACCUGAGGGGGCUACUCCAUUACACGAGGCAGCAAGGAAUGGACACGUCGAAGUUGUGGCUUUCCUGUUAUCCAAAGGAGCUAAUAUAAAUGCAACAGCAAACGGAGCAGUGACCCCGCUUUAUUUAGCUAGCGAAGCUGGUCACAAAAACUGCCAGCUGUUCUUACUCAGUCAUCAAGCAUCAGCUAUUGACUGCUAUCAGACAAGAGAUGGUCCAUUUCUUCGAGUCAUGACUGGAGAGGACAAUGACAUACCAGCUAAUGAUAGAGAGGCUCUGCUACUAGAUGGCCUUAUGGUUGCUGCUAGACUCGAAUUACUCCACACAAUUGAGCAGCUGCUUCCCAAAGCAUUCUCCCUCCUUCCCCCAGUCAUCAAAGAAGCCGAAAAGCACAAGAAACACAAAUCGACGGCGUUACUAAAAAUAGCACACUCGGUUGUCACAGGAAACCUCGAGCUACUCAAGAAUUUAUAUAAUACUUCAUCAAAAUCAGGACUAGCGCAAGAGGUCAAAGCGGCAGCUCAGCAAGUCCCCACAGGGGCAGUUCUCAAGCUUGCAAAGGUCAUAUUUGAUCAUCGUAUUUAUCGUGAGCUACUGAUACACACUAGAGUCGGUAGGGGACUUGAAAUUGAUUGGAGUGGCCUUGACGUCUAUGAUGAUUGUGUUGAUGACUUAUAUGUCCUUCGGUGCAUAUCGUCAGUUAGAAGUUUAAGUCUUGCACGGAACGAGCUGACUUUUAUUGGGGACAGCUUUGGAGCACUAGAAAAUUUGAGAGUUCUGGAUUUAAGCUCCAACAGUAUAUCACAGAUAAGCUCUGCCUUGCUCCACCUCCCCUAUCUCUGGUCAUUAAAUCUCUCCAAUAACCAACUCUCAGCCCUUCCUUCCCUUGAACAUGGAGUAGAGCUAACCCAUCUCGACCUUAGCUCAAAUAAGUUCCAAAAAGUCCCAAACGUCAUCAAAAACCUCGACCAGCUCUCGUACCUCAACAUAAGCCACAACGGCAUAAAAUCUCUCCCUCUCUGGGUCUCCACGCUCGAUAAUCUUGAGGACUUACGAAUGGAAGGCCUUGAAAUAUCAGACCGGCAGCUGAAAGAGUGUUCUACUGAAGGGGCCAUGACAUACCUUCAGUCUCAGCUUGAUAACUCUCGGAAACUCUAUGAGAUGAAGAUGGUCGUUACUGGAGUCCCUGGAGCUGGAAAAACCUCGCUUGUGACUCAGUUACGAGACUCUCUUCCUAGUUCGUACGAGGCCACACCUCCCAAUAAAGGAGGCGUGUCUCUAAGUAACUGGCUAUAUAAGAAAUCAAGCGAGGGUAAGGAGUAUGAGUUUAUUAUUUGGGACGUAAAGUCGAACAGAGACAGACAUAGCAUGGAAGAGCUGCUCUACACUCCCUUUGCUCUUUAUCUGAUUGUAUUCAAUUUGAACGACCUCGCAAGUGACUUCCAUCUCCUGCAACAAAGACUUGAUGCCAUUUCUAAGCAUAGCCUACCAUCAUGUGUUCUCUUUGUGGGAACUCACUUGGACACAAUCACCGACCCUUUUAUUCCUGAGAAGGCAAAGUCACAACUAUCGGAUUUGAUUUCAGGAUAUUCGAAAAAGCUCAUUUUCGCUAGGCCCAUCAUCGAAACAGUUUCCCUAGCCACAGGGAACAUUCAAAACAUGGACAAAGUCCGUGAUGCAAUCUUUGACCUUUCGGGAAGACUACGAAACACCGACGGGCUCCCGUACAUGGGGAGGCGUGUCCUUCUCUCUGGGCUGGGCCUCAAGGGAGAAGUGGAGGAGUACAGUCGACAGGCUAGUCAGAACGCAAAGCCUCCGGUACUGACGUACGAGGAAAUAGAGAAACUUGUGAGUAACCUCAAAGACAACGAAGUCAGGAGUCACGACGAGCUUGAGACCAUAUCUCAGUUUUUAAAUCAAGUCGGUUGUCUGCUCAAGUACUCAGGGACUGGCUGUAAAAGCACUCUAUCUACUCCUGUCCCUUCCAUUGAGAUUACUAAUAAUUUACAAGACAGCUAUUACAUGGACCCGGACUGGCUGUACAGCAGAGCCCAGCUAGUCAUGGAUUACUGUCAUCCCAAGUACAACGGCAUAUUCCAUUACAAAGACAUUGAGGAGUACAUUUGUCGGAUUGAGGACACUCAAGACAGAGCAUCGAAUGGAGUUGUUCCUGUCCUACCUUUAAUGUCAGCACUUGUUCAUUUCGGGUUUAUAUCUGCGCUAAGAGACAUGUGGUUUGCUAAUCCUAACCUCUUUCAGCAGAAUCCACAGACACACCAGUCUCCUCCCUUUUCUUCUUCUUCUUCAUUCUCUCACAUACAGCAUUAUCUGUUUGAGCCUCCUCGUAGCUUCACGACGUCUCUCAUUUCUAUUAUUAAUAAUGUGGUUCCUUUGUCUGAUUUUACGACUGGGACUCGGGGGAGUCUCUCAAAUGAGGACACACUCUUUUGCUGGGAUAAAGGAGUAGGCUGGAGCAAUGAAGAUGAAAGAAUCCUUAUCACGGAAGAGAUAAAGGAAAUCAGGGAAGAAAGUAGAGAGAGUCGCUCUGUCAAACUAACCGUUAAAUACUCUUCUCUUCAUAGCCAUGCUCAGUGCUUAGAAAUGCUCAGCUCUUUAGUUGAAGAGCAUUUCCCUAAAGCUAAAGUCUCUUAUGUCUGCCCCACAUGUAUAGCUGGUCAGAGCAAUCAAAUGCAGUCUUUCACAUUGUCAGAAAUUAUAUCUGCUAUUGUCACACAGAGUGGUAGUAUUACCUGUCCUGAUAAUCAUUGUGUUCCAUUGGCAAUGGUUGUACCAUUCCUCUCUAUACAGCCAACCCAUUCAAUGACUGAGCUAAGAUCUGAUCUAUCUUCAAUGCAGUACUUUACUUCUGAGCAGUACAGACUCAUGUACAAAGCGACGUACAAAGGCCAGAACGUGCUUGUUUUUAAGUAUCACAGAUUGACUGAGACGACACUAAGAGAGCUAACAUCUAAAAGCCUCUCCCUUGGCAGGUACAAUACUCCUUGCUGCACUAGUCAAGAUGGACGCCUCCUUGCCUUGAGUCUUGACAGGUCCCAGGCACUCGUUGUCUGCAAGACUCCUCUACUGAGGGUCAGCCCCUCACAAAUGAAACUGCCAAAGAAGUUAGAGAUAUCAAAGCCAUUUGUACUGUAUCGUAUUGGACUAAUAAUAGCUAAAGCACUAUCACAGGUGGAGAGCAUCAGUGAUGAUGAAGGUGAAUUGCAGUUCUGGAGUUUAGAUGAGAAAUGUGUCACCAACUGUACACUAGCUCUCUCGGACACGACUCUUAGAAGAAACAUGACAAAUGCCACAGGAAACAGAGAAGAGCUUAUAGUCGGAAGUCUUGAUAAUCUCGAGAAAAACAAGUUAAACCUUUGGAGCCAGUACAUGACCAGUCUUGCCCAGAUUUCCUUAUCAGCCAGCCCGUUUUAUUUAUUAAAAAUUCUAAAAAGUGGCUCAAUAUUAAGCACUAGCUUAGACUCCAUGAUUCAUUUCAUGUCGCAGGUAAGUGUCCAGUUAAUAGGAGACACUCAGUCCAUCACUGGAUUGCAGUUACCGGUUCAGGCAUCAGGCAUGCCUUCUUUGUGUGGGUCUGCUAACGGAAUAGUUGCUGAUUUGUGGAUGGUAUCCCUUUACAAAGGGAAGGAAGAGCUACGUAUAAGUGUUUAUGAUAUUAUAAAUCAUGCACUUAAGAUUUUCAAAGUCAAAAGUCCACUACUUGAGGUCCUUGCUAUUGAAGUCUGCAACGAUAACGUGUGGGUCUCUACACAGCUCCCUGAUGAUGUUGGCUGCAUUUCUAUAUUCGACUCAAACACAAAGAAACUAGUCCACAACAUAAAGAUGAGUGGUAACGCCAUUACUUGCAUAGAGCGCGUAGGGGCUGAGGUUUGUUUGGGUACGAAGAUGGGAUUUCUAUUUAUUUUCCCUGUCAACGCCUCGGACGUGAAGAAAGGCUCGCCCAAACCGCGUCACAAGUUUAUUGCUGAGGGAGUCAUAACAGGACUGGCUAGCAUGGGGGAUCGACUGUUCAUAGCUAAUUCUGAUUGUAUUUACAUCUUUGAUCCGAAUUUGAUGAAGUUUGUGUCUUCGUUUCGUACUAAAAGCGAUGGAGGCGAUGCCAAGGAUAAUCAAAUCGGCCGUUUGUACGUUUCUCAAUGCGAACCAGUUCUAUACAGCGUCAGCACUGGAUCGACUGUAGUAAGGGUUUGGGAUAUUGCGGAGUCGAAGCAUUUGUACGACAUUAAGAUACAGAAUGAAGGGAAGCAAGGCAAUGGCGAGAGAUACAUCACUGCUCUUACAUCAUGCAUCGAUACAGUUUGGUUGGGAUUAUCAUCCGGUCAUAUUCUAGUAUAUCAUAACAGUGAGCUAGUCCUUAGCAUUCGUCCUUACUCUAGUCCUGUUUCUUUCUUAUCGAGGUUUGUUGACGGGCGUGGCUGCUCUGUGAUAAGUGGCGGUGAAGGGUUCUUAUCUCCAAUUCCCUCUUUUGAUAGCAAGUACGACAACGAAAGUCCCGUGCUUGUAUUAUGGAAAGUGUAUCCAAGGGAUACACUGGUUCGUUUGAGUGCGCUUGAAGAGAAUCGUGGACAAUAUCUGAACGAUUACACCUCUCUUUUGAGUUUGAUUGAAUCCAAUGAUUAUGAACUUACUAGUUUCGGUGACAUUGGAGAGUCUAGCAAUGCAAAGCAAGGCACUGUUGUUUUUGAGCCUUUUUCACCAGUUAAGCAGCUGAGUAGACCUGAUGAUGAUGAAAUACCGGUACAGCUCUCUAAUGGCAAACUAUUAUCAGUUCCAGCAGGGUCAAGCAUGACUUCUUUAUACGAGUCUGUACUAUCUCAAGCAAAGGAUUACGAUUUUGAUUCAUUGGCUUGUCAAAAUUUGAUUUAUUUUUAUCAGUCGUUUGAUACUCCGGUCAACCUUUCCACCGAUGACGAUUUGCUUUCUUAUCUAGAGAUUCCUGAUAGACCAGUUUUAAUGUUCAUCAGUGACAAAUGACUUCUUUUACUCUCUGUAUGUAUCUAUCUAUGUGAUUGUAUGUGUGUUUAUUUUUAAAUCAUCACCUUGUAUCUGUUAGUACACUCAUUAGUUUAUAUUUGAGUAAUCUUUUUGAUGUGGUUGCGUACAAAGUCAAA